GGAUGGGAGCUGUCAUCGUCGGGCCAACAUCAUGGGUGGCGUGUUGAAUUAGAAUGCCUUCCCACACCCCACACAGGGCCAAACCCCACCGCAAUUCUCCCACCAUAAUCCUCCGGCUAGGAAUGGUGGGGACGACGAGAGAGGACAGGUUAUAUACUCUGGCUUCGUCGAAGAAGGAGGGGAAGAGAGCGGAUUGCGUCGCCAGAUGGCGAUACGGUCGCAUUCCACUCCGUCCACCGAUCAGCUCCGUCGAGAGCUGCCACUAUUUUCCUGGAUUCCACUUGGUGUACGUCGUUUCCGCUUAAUCGUUUCGUAUCACGGAGGGAUUCGCCGAACCAACCGUCGUAAUACCGAAUACCGUGGCUCCGGGAUAAUACUCGAGAGUCGUCGUCGAGUUUACGCUUACCGUUUCGCGAUUUGUGAAGGUUUCUCGCUCUUUGUAGUUCUUGUGCAGUGGCUCAAUAAGUGUGAAACCAAAUGGUUGUCCUCGAGGAGAGCGGGAUGCUGACCACUGGACACAAUCAAUAUCUACAACCGGAUUAUCUUUCUCCGCUUCCAACCACGUUGGAUGCGAAGAAGAGUCCGUUAGCUUUAUUGGCUCAAACAUGCAGUCAGAUCGGUGCCGAUUCGCCGACAAAGCCUUUGAUCUCUCCGCUGGAUAAAGCACCGAAGAGCAUGAAUAACGGUACGAACGCCAAGUCUCCGCCAGCCGCGAAGUUGGAACGGAGCACACGCAGCAGCCCGUCGGACGGGAAAUCGUUGGCAUUCAAGCCAUACGAGGCAAACGUCGUUUCGAAGAAACCGGCCGACGAGAGUAGGCCUGCGUCUAAAGCGAGUGUUCACAGUGUCAGUGGUCAGGAGAGUGUCAGUGUAAGUGAGAUUACCACCGGCCACGCCGAGAAGAAGCCAUCGGGUAAUCGGACGCCCGUCGGCCGGAAGUCGGCCUCGCCAUCGAGCCAAGCGACGGCGACCGCGAGCACCACACCGUCCACCGAUCGGAAGACACCGGCCGAUCGGGAGAAGACCGACGGAUCACCCCGUAACAAUAACAAUAACAACAACAACAACAACAACGGCACCAGCCCGAUCAUCCGAUCGGGCAUGGAGAUUCUAUCCGGCAGUCACGCGAAGGAAUCGAACCUCGGCGCGUACAAGCCUGGCCUUCCGGGAUUUUCUGGCAAUCCGCUCUGUUGUCCGCCCGGUUUGGCCGAAAAUCCAGCGUUCAGACCUCCGUUCGCCGGCGCCUCGCCUUUCUCCCAUCAUCACGCCGCAGCGGCCGCUCUUCUCGGUUAUCCGUCGAGCACCCCGACAGGUGGAAACCCGUAUCUGAGCUACGCUCGCGUGAAGACACCGGCCGGCGGAGAGGCUUUGGUACCAGUGUGCAAGGAUCCUUACUGCACCGGUUGCCAGUACAACAUGCACAGCGCGCAGCUGAUGAUGAGCACCGGGGCAUGCCCGAGCGGUUGCACGCAGUGCGAUCAUCAGAAGUACGGUUUAGCGAUGGCGUUGUCGUCGUUCGGCCCUAUGGCCCCACCGUCGCUCUCCUACCCGUCCACGUUGACCGGCGGCAGGCCGUACGUCUGCAACUGGAUCUCCGGCGAUUCUUACUGCGGGAAACGGUUCACCACGUCGGAGGAGCUUCUUCAGCACCUUCGUAGCCACACGAGCCUCACCGGCGGCGAUCACGCGUCGUCCUCGGCCGCUCUGCUCACCAAUCCUCACCCGCAUCCGUUGCUCUCGCCGUCGGCGGCUCUGCAUCGCGCGAGCGGCGGUUCUUACCCGACGCCGUCGCUCAGCCCGUUGAGCGCCAGAUAUCAUCCGUACGGAAAACCGCCGACGGGGCCUCUUCCGGCGUCGCUCGCCGCGUCGCCUUACAGCGCUUUUAACGCGUUAGGCCCGUAUUACUCGCCGUACGCGAUCUAUGGCCAGCGAAUCGGCGCCGCUGUACAUCCCUAGACUACUGCUGCUGACGGUGUGUGAAACACUUCCGGUGUGUAAACAUUCUCAGUGUACAGUUGACGAGUAUAUAUAUAUAUAUAUAUAUAUAUAUACGUAUAUAUAUAGUGUAAAAUAGAGAAAGAUUGUCAAGAACGAAUUCUUCCUUCUGACAAGCUGUUGUGUAAAUAAUUGAACGUGUAUGAUAUAAAUUUAUUUAAAAAAAAAGAUACCUAUAUAUAUAUAUAUAAAUAUAAAUAUAUAUAUAUAUAUAUAUAUAUAUAUACAUAGAUGUGUGUAUAAAUUCAAGAUUACGAUAUUAAAGUUUGUAAGAGAUAUCUCGUGACUUUCGUCGGAAUACAUCCGUAUUAACGUUUAUCUCCUGACGUUUUUUGAUCAUUACGUAGGGAAGAGCAUGUACACCGCGGGCGAAGAACAUUUCGCAGAAUCUUUUCGAUACUUCGUUAUGGGAAAGAUGGUCUCGGUAAUUUUUGUGUGCUGAUCAUUCGUUUUCCACGUUCAACGGGGAUACGUAACACGUCCGCUUGUUUCUCGAUUGUGUUUCAAAGUGAUAUAUACGAUCGGCGGUCGUACGAAAAAAGUAAAAAACAGUGUGUCUGUGGUCGCCGGAUGUACACCCAUCGAUAACUGUUUUCUUCUACGACGAGAGUGUGUUCGACGACGUAAGAGAGCCCGUUCUUUUUGAAACGGUUGUGCAUGUUCUAAUGUCCACAAUGUAACUGUGAUAUUACGCUAUUUUUUCGACGAGAAAUACAAUAGGAGAUAAUAUUAAAAAACGAUGGUAUCUAAACUAUAAUCUAUGGUUCAAGUGUAUCGUCUAAUUUAUUCGUAUCGUUUGUAUGAGAGCGAGAGGAUUGUAAAAGUGAUGGCUGCCUAGUGGAAAAAGGAACGUGGCUGAUAUGAUUUCCCUCGGAGUUUUUCACCAAACGCGAUCCGUUCCCGUAAACGGGGAGGGGAUCGUUCGUUAACGAUAUUUUAUUCAGAAACACACAUUGGAUUUUCAUUCUUUGUUUUAUGCAAAGUGCUCCGAUCGAAGGGACAACAAUGUACGAUAGCCAUUAUUUGCACUGUAAAUAUCUCUUGUAAAUAUCGUUGAGUUUCCAUACCGCUUUAAUAAAAACAAUGUUUGUGAAAUCAUUAAA